AUGAAGGGCAAGCAUGUGGUCAUCACCGGCGGCUCCACUGGCAUUGGCUUCGCCUGUGCCAAACGUUUCCUGAGAGAGGGAGCCUCGGUUACCCUGAUGGCUCGGAACGCGGCCAAGCUGGAAGAGGCAGCACGGGAGCUGCAGCAGUAUACCAGGGAGUCUGCUCACGAUGGAACCAAUGGCUUUUUUCCUACUCCCAGAAUCUUCACUCAGGCAGUGGAUGUCUCUGAUGCCAAGGCGGUGCAGGCAGCCAUAGACGCAGCAGCAGCUGCGUGCCCCAUAGAUGUGCUGCUGUGCAACGCUGGAGUGGUGCGCACAGGCCAUGUGGAGGACAUUUCCGCACUGCAGGCCCAGGAGCAGGUCAACACGAACCUGCUGGGAAGCAUCUACCCUGUGCAGGCUGCAGUGCCGCUUUUGAAGGAGAGGGUUGCACAAGGAGCGGAGCCAGGUGCCAUUGUCUUCAUGUGCUCACUCUCUGCUCUGAGCUUCUGGUAUGGUGCAGCAGUUUACACUGCUACCAAGUACGGGGUCCGAGGCUUUGCAGAAGGCCUUCGUCUUGAGCUGCUCCCAUAUGACAUAUCAGUAUCCGUUGUCUGCCCAGGCUUCACCGACACUCAUCUGCUUGAUGAUGCUGAAGCAUCUGGACAGUACCUCACCAAACUGAUGGAGGUGGCAUCGAUGUACGACCGCAACAAGAUAGAGAACCCCGACAUUGUGGCAGAGAGAACACUGGCGGCUGUUCGAUCCGGAGAAUUCCUCGUGACAACGUCAUCCGGCUUCCUUCCUUUCUCACUUGCUUUGCUCUCUCGAGGGAUUUUCCCAUCCCAGUCGGUUGUUACUUGGGUCGCGGAGAGUCUUGCAAGCCCCUUGCCUCCGAGAGUGAAGGAAGUUAUAGAUUCCAUUAUCUCCGUUCCGUUACAUGACAUAGCGAAGCCUCUUUCGGAGUUCAAGUGGACUUAUGACAAGGGCGACGUGCUGCACUGGGUAGACCUCUUGAACCACUUCGACGCCUUCCUUGAAGCUUCCGUGAAAUCGCGCAAGGAUUUGCAGUUAGAGGGCCGGUUCGCGGGCGUGGAUCCGCCGUUCCCUCGGGAUGCGGUGCUGCAGGUGCUGCGGGUGUCGCGCGUUAUCCUCGAGAACUCCGUCAACAAGCACCUCUACGCGUCCGUUGAGCACGUGUGCACGCUGCUCGCGAGCACGGACCUGGACGUGCUGUCAGCGAGUCUCGAGCUGCUCUCAGUGUACGGCAAGAAGCCCUUCCAGCCAGGUCGCAGCACGCGCUGGCAUGCGGAUCCCGCCAUCACAGCGCGCCUCUUCGCCCUCGCGCAGGCAUGGGGCGGCAAGGAGGAGGGCCUUGGCAUGCUGCCCUGCGCGCUCCAAGGGGGCCUGGACGCGUCCGCUCUGUCCCUGGGAGGGACGUUGCACUUUGAGUUUUAUGCGGAGGGGCCUGCUGGAGUGGGGGCGGUGGGGCAGGGUCAGGGGCUGGGUGGGAGCGGUGGAGAGGGAUUAGAGGGUCAAGAGGACAAGGCUGGUGAGGCAUUGGCUGGUGCUCCCUCCGCUUCGCCCUCUCCUGCUGCACCUGCCGCUGCUUCGACAGGUCUAUCACCUGGUUUGAGGGUCAUCCACGUGCCUGGGGUGCAAGAGCACGUGCAGCUGCAGGGAAUCUCCGAGCUCGACUUUCUCCAGGGCCUGGUGGAUCAAUACUCCGUGCCCUCCGCCCUCCGCUUCUCCCUCCUCACCCGCCUCCGCUGCGCCUACUCCUUCCCUCUCCUCGCCUCGCGCCGCCGCUUCCUCUGCGUGCGCCUGCUGGCCUUCCGAGUGCUGCUGCUCGCCACACCAGACCCGGACGAGCUCACUGCCUUCUUUGCCAACGAGCCUGAGUUCGUCCCGGAGCUAAUUUCACUGCUCAAUGCGGAGAGCCUGGUGCCUGAGGAGGUUCGGAUGUACGCGCUGCUAGCCCUGGCUGCCAUGGCGCAGGACCGGCCACGCCAGUCCACGGUCCUCAGUGCCAUCAGCACUGGCGGGCACCGAGCCACCUUGCCAAGCCUGAUGCAGAGGACCGUGGCUCAGCUUGGGAAACCAGGAGGCUGCUCGCCGAAAUUUGUUGACGCGCUGCUGGUCCUCAUUGCUGCGCUGGUAUCCUCCUCGUCGGGUUGCACCGCUCUUCGGGAGGCAGGCUUGGUGCCGACCCUGCUGCCUUUGGUUCGGGACACCAAGCCUGAGCACAUGAGUCUGGUGACAUGGUCAGUGCAGAUCCUAGAGGCCUUCAUGGAUUUCUCCAACCCUGCAGCAGCACUCUUUAGGGAAUUGAACGGGCUAGACAUGUGCGUGGACAGACUCAGGCUCGAGGUCGCUCGAGUUGAGACCACUCUCCUGCCUGUUCAGGGUUUAGGGUCUAGCAAAACCCUGGCUGCUGGUGCAGCUGAGGGUGCUGGUGAGGGGACUGCUGGUGGGGGGAGUGGCAGUGGCUCGGCUGGUGCAGGAGCCACUGGUAUGGAUGAGGAUCGCAAGGGCAAGGCUCCGAUGGUGGAAGAGGAGGGUGCAGGACGGGGAGCAGGCGUAGGGUCGAGCGGCGGCGCUGGUACAGCAUCACCUCCUGCUGCUGGCGGAUCCGCUACAGCGCCAGCAGUGCUGACCUACCGGCAGCGCAGCCUGAUUAAAGCCCUGCUGCGCGUCAUCUCUCUGGUCAGCUUCGCACCAGGCAGCACUGUCAGGCUCGCCUCAGCCUCCCCCGAGCAAGGGGGCAUGGGACGGCUGCCGGACUGCCUGGCGGCCGUGUUUCGGCACGCGAAGGAGUUCGGAGGAGGCGUGUUUGCGCUGGCAGCGUCGGUGAUGAGCGAGCAGAUCCACCACGAGCCCACCAGCUUCGCUGUGCUGGAUGCUGCCGGGCUGCCCAAGACGUUUGUGGACGCUGUCAAGGCUGGUGUGCUGCCGUCGUCAGAAGCCAUCUGUUCCAUCCCCAACGCUCUCCUCGCCUUCUGUUUUCGUUUCGACCCCCACUUCUCUUAUCCCCCUAAAUCCCUCCCUCCCCUCCUUUCCCCCUUCCCAGGCGUGUUACCGUCGUCAGAAGCCAUCUGCGCCAUCCCCAACGCGCUGCUCGCCUUCUGCCUCAACCAGCGCGGACUACAGCUCGUCACAGACUCCCACGUGCUCGCCUGCCUGCCCGCCCUCUUCACCUCGCGCCAGUACGCGCGCCCCCUGGCGGGGGACACCGCGUCCGUGCUGGGAUCCGGGCUGGACGAGCUCAUGCGCCACCAGGUGAGCCUCCGCCAGCCCCUCAUGGGCGCCGUUGUGGGCGCCCUUAGGGAGAUUGCGCGCAUGGGGGGCCUGGAGGAGCGGAAGGGGAGGCGAGGGGGAAGGGGAGGGGGGGAGGGAGGGGACUCGUGGGAAGGGGAGAUGCGGGGAGGAGGGGAUGGUGGGGGGGAGGAGGGGGUGAGGGCGAAGGAGGAUGAUGCGGAUAGCGGGAGGCCGGUGGGGAGUGGCGGGGGCGGGGAGGAGGGGGCAGCAGGAGUGGGACAAGGAACAGGGGGAGGGACAUCAGGGGCGGGUGCAUGUGGUGCGGGUGCGUCAGGGGAAGGCGCACAAGGGCAAGGUAGCAGACAGGAUGGGGAGGGUGACGCGGCUGUGCCCAUGGAAACAGAUGGGGGGAACCAGGGGGCAGAGGCAGAAGCAGCAGCAGCAGCGCCAGUCGCUGCAGCAGCCACAGGGGAGCAGCCACGGGUUGAGACCGAGGAGGGCCAGAGUGUGUCUCCAGGACUAGCAGGGGAGGCACUGGCUUCUGGCGUGGUUGCAGAAGAGCCGGCGGUAGAGACAGCGGGAGCUGGAUUGGCGGUUCCUGGUUCGGAAGCAGUUAUGGCCGAGGCAGAACCGGCAGAACCGGCAGAAGCAGGAGCAGCAGGAGAGGCAGCAGGAGCAGGAGCAGCUGGGUCGGCAGGUACUGGGGCAGCUGCUGCUACCACCGCUGUCACCACCACUGCCACCACCACAAGCAGCGUCAAGGAGACGCUCACCCCAGCAGAGCUAGAGGCGUUCCUCCCAGACUGCAUCAGCAACAUGGCUCGCCUGCUGGAAGCCGUUCUCUCCAACGAAACCAGCAGCCGCGUCUUCCUUGACCUCCGUGGCCUGGACGCACUCCUAGCACUCUACACACUGCCGCGCCUGCCGCUGCUCUUCGGCACGUCCCCUGCUGCCCAGGGGAUCUCCAUGACCAUGAGGGCGUUCGGGCCCAGCCACGCCUCUGCUGUGUCCCGCGGGGUGGCGUCCACACUCAAGAAGCAUGUCAAGUGUGCCGUCGCGUUUGUCACUACGUCCCUCUCUUCGUUCUCCCCUGCUACCGCACCUCCUGCCUCUGAUGCUGUGGGUGCUGCUGCCACAGCGGCUUCAACAGUCCCUGCUGCUGCUGCCGCUGUACCAAGUGGUGCUGCUGCAGGAGCUUCAGGUGCAGGCUCAUCUGCAGUAACAAUCGGGCGGCGCCAGUUGUCUGACCUGGACGUGGAGUCACGGGAGUCGCUCCUGCGCGCCCUGGGAGUAGCAGAGAGCCUGCUCUCGCUCUCCGCCGUGCUAGUACGCGCCACUGCUCUCUCUGUCCCCGACCUCGCGUCGUCCAGCGGAGAGGUGUUCCGAGACGUGGCUGUGCUUCACAGAGAGGCGCUCUGGCAGCUCGCCGUGCUGGAGCACAAGGGAGUGCCGCCUCCUGCCACCGCCGCCGCUUCUUCUGCUGCUGCUGCUGCUGCAGAGGCUGGGGGGAGUGUAGGGGGAGGAGGAGCAGGGGGAGGAGAGGGAGCAGGUGAGGGCGGAACGGCUGUUGGAGGGUCAGGGGCAGGGGGGGAAGCAGGGCAGGGUGUGGGCUCUGAGGGAGGAGCUGCACCAGGAGCGGCAGCUACAACUGCUGCCACCGCAGCUGCAUCAUCUGCUGCUGCACCAUCCGCAGGACCUUCAGAGGCAGCUGAACCUGGCACAGCAGCAGUAGCUGGAGAAGGUGCAGCAGGGGGAGCAGCAGCGGCAAUGCAGGUAUUCCCAGGGGAGGCAGCAGAUGAUUUGGAUUUGCUGAUGAUGGACGGUGACGUGGGCUCUGGCAGGGUCAUGCGCAACGGCCCAGGCGCCCUCUGGCCCCGUGGAGAAUUAGGGUUUCCGCACCGCAGCGGCAGCAGGCACCUCUCACGCGCCUCUCGCGUUGUGCCUGAUGGUACAGGCCCUGAUAAUGGUCCUGAGGCAGGGGUGAGCGGCGCUGCUGAUGCUUCUGCCGCUGCCGCUGGUUCAGCUGGUGCGGGGACCACAGAUGCUGCGGGGAGGAAGAAGCCAGAUGGUGCCGUACAGAAGGAGGUGCUUGGGCGGCUAGUAGUGGCCGUGCGUCUGUUUGAAGUAGCCGUUGGGAAGGGGAUAGUUCCUUCUCGAAGGCGGGACGAUGCUGUGGUGCUGACAGGGCAUGCGAAGGUGGCCUCAGCAGCCCUCGCACAGACCUUCCAGGAGAAUUUAGGUUUAGGGUUUGCCGGGUGCGACCCGGGGAGGAGCAGCAGUGUGGAGGCGUGCUCUAGUGAGGAGAUACUGGAUUGUCCGGCAGUGCGGUGUGUGUAUCUGGGGAAGAUUGUGGAUGAUAUGUUUUCGCUGAUAGUUGAUCCGCGGCGGCACACGUGCAACAGCAUGCUGCUGAGAUUCUUCCACGCGCAUGGGGCUGUGAAGCAGCUGUUUGCGUCGCUGCAGUGGGUGGUGCGGGUGAUGUGGGCCGAGCAGGAGCGGCAGGUGAAGGAGCGGAAGGAGAAGGCUGAGGGGGGCGAGAAGGAGAAGGCAGAAAAGGAAGCGGGCAGUGUGGGAGUAGAGGUAGCAGGAGGUACAGUGGCUCAGAUGGAAACGGAUGGGUCAACCGAUGCAGCAGCAGCAGCAGCAGUAACGGGGGAGAAGAAGAGCGCAGGUGACGGCUCUAAGGAUGGGGGCAACAAGGGCACGGGUUCUCUUGUGGGAUCCGGUUCCUUUUCGCUGCCUCCGUGGCUGCACUCCCCUCUGCAGAGCUAUUUCCGUCUCAUGGACUGCCUCACCAACUCCCACCUCCUGCUCGCCCCCUCCUCCACCAGCAUUUUCCUCACCCACCAGCUCUCCCGCUCAGUUGAACCCGCCCCAGCUAAGCCUGAGGACUUCCUUCGGGCCAUGCAGUCGCAGGUGCUAUCUAUCAUGCUGGACGUUUGGUCCCACCCGCUCUUCUCCCAGUCUGGUCUUGCUGUUAUCUCCCCGGUGGUGACUCUGCUCACCCGUGUGCUUCAAGGGUUGAGUGAAACCGCUCCAGCAGCAGCAGGGGGUUCUGCUGCUGCUGCUGCUGCGGGUGCAGGGACUGGUGCAGGGGCAGGUGCAGGAGCGGGCGGAGCGGCAGCAGCAGGGGCAGGAACAGGGGCAGGGGCAGGUGGAGCGAGCAGCGCAGGGGGGCAGGGAGGUGCAGCAGUGUCCGCAGCUGCCCUGGCUGCUGCGGUGCUGGGAGGGCGGAUGCCGCCUGGACCUGUACCCACUCCAGUAGAUGAGGCUUUAGUGGAGCUGAUAGUAGAAAUGGGGUUCCCUAGGGAGCGGGCAGAGGAGGCCUUGCGGCAGGUGGGGAACAAUCUAGAUCUCGCUAUGGAGUGGCUCAUUAGCCAUGUGCCAGAUGAGCCUCCCUCGGAAGAAGACGAGCUCGCCCGCGCGCUCGCUUUGUCUCUUUCUGGUAAUGAUGGGGACGGCGGAGGUGGGACUAGUGCGGGUGGGCAGCAGGGUGGGGAGGAGGGAGCAGGUAAGGCAGGAGAAGGGAAAGAGGGGGAGGAGAAAGGGAAGGGAAAAGAGAAGGAGAAGGAGGAGAAAGAGGAGGAGACGGGAGGAGAGAAGGAGGGGCGGAAGGAGGUGAGGGUGGAGGAGAUGUUGGGGACGAUAGUGCGGGUGUUGAGGGACGGGGGGGAGGGCGCUGUGUUUCCCAUGACCGACCUCCUGCUCGCACUCAGCAGGCGCAACGCUGGCACAGACAGGGCUGCUGUCGUGACGUUUCUGGUGGGGCAGCUGAAAGAGUCCUGCGGGCAGGCGAAAGAAUCCCCUAGCCGCGUGGAGAGUGAGAAGCAAGGCAGCAGCGAGGGAAAAGAUUGCAGAGCAGAGAAAAGGGAGGAGGAGAAGGCUGCUGCUGCUGGUUUACCAUCUUCGCUGCAGGCCUUGCAAUCCGCCUUGGCGCACUGCUUGGCUGUGCUGCUCUCAGAAGACCUGCCCUGCUCGGACAUAGCAGCCAAGGAGGGCCUCGCUGCAGUUGCUCUUCACAUGCUCUCUGGGUACGUCUCGUCUGUCUGCCCCGACUACCACCCCCCGACUCUCCCUCUUGCUGCACUCGCCUCACCUCCCAGUAAGAGCCGGUCGCAGCAGCACGGCAGUGCGGGGGUGGCGGGUCAGCGGGUAGAGGGUAAAGCAGGUGCGGAUGAGGUGACAGGGGGGAAAGGAGGGCAAGGGGGAGAGGGGCGUGAGGGGCUUGGGGAGGUGCCCAAGUGGGUGCCGUCUCUGUUCCUGGUGCUGGACUCCCUCGUGCAAUGGAAGGUGCCUGGCACAGGGGUACGAGGGGAAGCAGGUACAGCAGUGGCAGCGGGAGCAGCGGGAGCAUCAGGGGCAGCAGGGGCGACAGCAAGCACAUGGGGAGCGGCAGCAGCAGAUGCACCUAUCUCCUUCGCGUCUAUACUGGCAGGUGUUGCAGGUGGGGCAGGAGCAGCAGCAGCGGAUCCAGGUGCAACCGCUGCAGCACCUUCCGAGCCAGCUGGUACUGGUGCAGCUGCUGCUGCCGGGGCGUCACAGGCUCCAUCCGGGGCAGGUGUAUCUGCCACGGCCGCCCCAGCAGCCAGCAAGGGCAAGGAGGCAGCAGAGGCAGAGAAGCGAGAGGGCAAGGAGGAGAACCGGUUCACAGAGAUCGUGGGGCUGUCAACAGGGUACCUAUCAGACGACGAGAAGGCCCAAGCCAUGGCCCUCAUCUGCCCUCUCAUCCGCUGCCACCCCCCACCGUCUCUCUGCCAGGCUCUCCUCCACCUCGCCUCCCGCCUCUCCCGCUCGCACCCCGUCGCCCUCCUCUUUCUGGACCAGGGUGGGGUGGCGGCGCUUCUCGCCCUCCCGUUCUCUUCGAUUUUCCCGGGGUUUGAGAGUCUCGUGUCGGCGGUGGUGCGGCAUGUGCUAGAGGACCCGUUCACGCUGCUGCAUGCUAUGGAAGCGGAGAUCAGGCACAGCCUCACCACGCUGGCAACUCAGCAUGGGGGCCGUGUGUCCCCUCGUGUGUUCCUGGGCGCUAUGAGUCCUCUUGUCGCCCGUGAUCCGUCCGCGUUUCUGCAGGCGGUGGGGAAUGUUUGUGAGGUGGAGAGCAUUGCACCUGGGAAGCUGCCUGAGGGGCAUGGGGCAGCUGCAAUGGAGGUUGGGGUUGGUGGUGGUCUGGGAGGGGAGGCAAUGGAGGUGGACGCAGAGGGGGUUGAGAAUAAAGCAGCUGAAAGAGGAGAGAAGGAAGGGGAGAAGGAGCCAGGGAAGGAGGAGAAAGAGAAGGCAAAGCAGCGGCAGCAGGAGGAGGAGGAGAAGGAGAGGGCGGAGUUUGCAAUCUCGCGAACCACGCUGGUGCUGCGGCUGCUCACAGAGAUCCUACUGGCCUAUUCUGCUGCCAGCACUCUCGUGCUCCGCAGGGAUGCAGAGUCUGCUGCAUGCACUUCAGCAGCAGCGGUGGGUGCAGGUUCGGGUGCAUCAGCCGGGGUGGGCACGCCACAGCCGCACAGGGGAACCACGUCCCGUGCACACAAGCACACUCCAGACAAGCACGAACACAAAUCCAAACCUGACUCCCACCAGCACCACCAACUACAGCCUUCACCAGGUAAGCCUGACGCAUCAGCAGGCGUCUCUGCAUCGGCAUGGGCAUCUCGAGGGGGCAUAGUGCACCACGUGUUACACGAGCUGCUGCCAUACCUCAGCGACAAGCCCAGCACCGCAUCAGCAUCAGCAGGAAGCACAGCAACAGCGCAGGGCGGGUCCUCCCACCCAGGGCACCACCGGCUGGGCACCCAGGCGUCUGCAUUCCUCAUUGCGCUGUGCGUGCGCUCGGGGGAGGGCCGGCGCCGCGUGCUCUCGGAGAUUUCCAAGUCGCUGAGCCGGUUUGGGAAGGAGGAUGGGGGGAGGACAGGAGAGGUGCGGCAGCAGGAAAAGGCAGGAGCAGCUUUGACAGGAGAAGCAGCUGCAGCAGGAGCAGGAGCAGCAGGUGGAGUAAGGGAAGGUGGGGCAGCAGUGGUUCCGGGUACAGAAGCAGCUGCAGUUGCGGCUGUGAAGCUGCAAGUGCCCAACAAGCAGGUGAGGUCGUUCCUUGACCUCAUGAACGCGCUGCUCUCCACGCAAUCGUCCAAUGGGAGCAAUCCACCUGGCGGCCCGGGCAGCUCUGCACAAGGCUCCGCCUUCGCUGCAGAAAUGGCCAAGACGGCUCUUGAAGUGGGCAUGCUGCCAAACCUCCUGGAGACUCUGAGUGUAAUUGAUCUAAACCACCCAGAUUCCCCGAAGCUGGUGAAUUCGAUCCUCAGGGCUCUGGAGGUGCUCACUCGAGCCUCAGCUUCGGAAGCUCGUGCCGAGCCUGGGAGAGGUCUGGCAUCAGGGCAGCGUGUUUCCGUGGGUGUAACCAGGGCUGUAGGUUCGGGAAGGCAGGAAGCAGGCUCGGCAGGGGCUGGAGGGGUGCCGAGCCAAGCAGCAGCGGACGGGGGUGCAGCGGUGGCGGAAACAGGUGCGGAUAGGGGGACAGAAGAAGGAGGUGGGGCAGCAGGUGGGGCUGAUACAGCCAUGGAUGAUGCUGGGGGGGAGGGAGGGAGAGUAACGGCGUCUGGAGGUGAAGAGGCAGGAGCAGACGCUGGGAGUGGGAGGAUGCGAGGGGGUGAUGAGGAGGCGAGGCAGCAGGGAGGGGAGGAGACAGGUGGAGCAGGGGCGGAAGGGGGACGUGCAAUGGAGCAGGAUGAGAGGCAUGGGGGGGAGGAGGAGGAGGAGGAAGGGGGGAUGGCGCAUGAAGCAGAGGCGAUUAUAAGAAGAGUGGAGGGCGGAGGGGGCAUGAGAGGGCCCAUGCAGCUGCGGUUCCAGAUCCGAGAAUUUGAUGAUAUGGGCGCGGAUGAGGAUGGGGAUGAGGAUGAUGAUGGGGACAUGGAGGGAGAGGAGGAUGGGGAGGACGAUGACGAUGGGGAGGAUGAUAUUGAGGAUGGGGAUGAGGAGGAUGAGGAGGAGGGGAUGGAGGAGGGGGAUGAGGAGGACGAGGAUUUGGAAGAGGAGGAAGAUGAGGAGGAGGAUGAUGAUGAUGAGGAUGACGAGGAUGAAGAGGAGGAGGAUGGGCAUGGAGGGGAGGACAACGGGCAUCUGCCCCCAGGUGGCAUGGGCAUGGGGGAAGACAUGGAGGACCAUGAGGAGGAGGAGGAGCGCGCAGCCCGGGCCUUGCGGCGCGACUUUGCACGUGGGCUGGCAGAGGAGGAUGAGGAGGAGGAUGAUGGGGAUGAGGAUGAUAAUGAUAUGGAUGAGGAUGAGGAGGAGGCUGAUGAGGAGGAUUUGGAGGACUGGGAGGAGGACGGCGGGAGGUUUAUAGAGGUGAGGUGGCGGGACGAUGUCACGGGAGCCAAUCACGUGCAUCUGCUCGCAGGCGGUGCAGAUGUCGCCGGGUUGAUGGACCUUCCGGGGUUUAUGCAGCGGGAUGUGUUGAAUGAUCCGCUGUAUGCGGAUAUGAAUGAGCCGGUGUGGGGGUGGGGGCGGCACUUAGCGAGUCACCAGCGCAGGGCUGCGGUGAGAAGCACGCUGCAGGGCCAGCAGCAGCUGGCGCAGGGGCAGGGCGCGGGGCAGGGGCAGGCUGGCCGGAUGGGAGCAGGCCCCUUGCACGUACACCCACUGCUGGCUCGCCCAUUCGCCCCUGGGGCAGCACCGACAGACGCUGCCUCUGCGUCUGCCCCUGCCCACGCCGCUGCAGCACCGGGAUCACGGCUCUUCAACCUCCUGGCGGGGAUGCAGGGGAUGAUGGGGGGAGUGGGCGGGCCGAUGGGGGCUGGCGGGGGGGGAGGGCCAGGCAUGGAAGUAGAUGCGGCAUUUGCGAGGGAUGUGGCGUCUCUAAUGAUGGCGUAUGAGAAUCCUUUCCUGGAAGACAUGCUGCAGGCCCGGGGCCUGCUUGACCCUCGUGGCAUGGGCGGCAUCAUGGGCGGCAUGGGCGGCGUGGGCGGCAUGGGGAUAGGGCAUCCGUCGGGAGUGGAGUUUGAUCCGGGGAGGGCGAGGGCGAUGGGGGUGAGUGGGCUGGGGCCGGUGGUGGGAGGGGCAGCGGGGCGAGGGGAGUUUGGGAGGGUGAAUCGGUGGACGGAUGAUGGGCUGCCGCAGCCUGCCGGGACGGGUGCUGCUGUUGCUCAGGCGCUGGAAAGCGCAGAAGGAGAGGCAGUGCCAGCUGCAGCAGCUGCUGUGCCUGCUGGUGAUGCUGCUGGCAGGGACGCAGAGCAGCAGGUCGGAGAGGGAGGCACACCAACGCAGGCACUGGCAGUUGCUGGGGCAACGGCAGGAGAGACGGCACAAGGAGCAGCAGUGGUAGACGCUGCAGGGGUGACUGCUAUGGAAAUGGGAGAGCCAAUCUCAGCUGCUGAGGGGGGGAUUACUCCUUCCCUUGCUGCUGCUGGUGAUGCUGCAGCAGCGGAAGCAGCAGCAGGAGUGGCAGAAGCAGGAGAAACGGUUACAGUGACCGAAGUUGAAGGGGAAGCAGCUCCUGCUAGUGCUGGCGCCAUGAUUUCUGAUGCUGCUGCUGCCACUGCUCCCACAGCUCCGGCGACCAAUGCUGCAGCAGCUGGGGCGUCAGGUGCUGCUUCAGGUGCUACAGCAGGUGAUACAUCAGGUGCUGCAGCAGCAGGUGCUCCAGGUGGUGCAGCAGGCACGAGCACAGGUGGAGCAGCAGCAGACGAGGAGGAGGAUCUUCCGGAGAUCGACCCAACCUUCCUGGAAGCUCUACCGGAGGACCUAAGGGCAGAGGUACUAGCCUCCUUCCACGUGGAGCGAGCUGCCAGGCAGGCCCGCCAGAGACGCGCCCAGCAGCAGGCCGCACAGCCACAGGGGCAGGGGGGGGGAGGCGCAGCAGGGGGAGGAGCAGGGGGAGCAGAGGGCGCCAGGGGCGCAGGGGGAGCAGGGGGAGCAGGGGGAGUGGGUGGGGCGGGAGCAGGAGGAGGAGCAGCAGCAGGGUUGGGAGGGGAGGACACGGGGGAGCUGGAUCCGGAAUUCUUAGCAGCGCUGCCACCGGACAUUCAGGCGGAGGUGCUGGCACAGCAGCAGGCGCAGCAGCUCAUGGCUGCAGCAGCAGCAGGUGCAGAUGGGCAUCCUGUGGACAUGGAUAGUGCGUCUAUCAUUGCCACAUUCCCUGAGGAGCUGCGAGCAGAGGUCCUGCUGACCUCAUCGGAAGCAGUGCUGGCAUCGCUCCCGCCCGCCCUGCUAGCGGAAGCCCAGCUGCUGAGAGAGCGAGCCAUGCAGCAGCAGUACUCUGUUAGGCACCAGCACCCCGCACACCCCCACCACGCCAUCUUCGGCGGUCCCAUCCGCCGCUCUCCCGCUCUUGCUGGCGGUACCACCGCCCACCGCCGCCCGCCGCACCCGUUCGCUGUGGCUGCUGGGGAGGGCGGUGUGGGAGAAUUCACCAGGGGGUUCAUUGCCGCGGGGAUGGGGAGGAGGGAGAGGGAGAGCGCAGGGGCUGGGGCGGGGACGGGGGCGGGGGGAAGUAAAGGUGGUGGGGAAGGGGGAGAGGAGGAGAAGGCGCCUGUGGUGGAUGAGAGGGCGCUCAAGGCGCUCAUUCGCCUGCUGCGCAUCUCCCAGCCGCUGCAAAAGGCCCUGCUGCCGCGUCUACUGACCAACCUCGCCUCCCACGCCACCACCCGUGCAGCCCUUGUGCGCAUCCUGCUAGAUCUGCUGCGCCCCGAUGCCGAUCCAACGGACCAGCACCCCACAGGGCAGCAUCCAACGGACCAGAAUGCAGCAGCCGUGCCAGGUGCUGCAGCAUCUGCAGCGGAAGGCAGUCAGGCUGCACCACCUGCAGCACCUGAAACGCCUGCAGCACUUGGAGCGGCUGCAGCUGUUGAGGGUGUGGGUGAGGGUGGGGUAGCAGCAGACGGCGCACCACCACACCAGCUGUACUGCUGCCAGUCCAACGUGGUGUAUGCUCGACCGCAGCGCCCCAACAGCAUUCCUCCCCUUGUCUCUCGCCGUGUGCUGGAGCUGCUGGUGUACCUGUCGCGCCACUCCAUGGCUGCCACGCAGCUGCUGCUGCUCUUCCCCUCCGCGCUCACUCGCUUGGCUCAGCAGCAGCGGGAGGAGCGGGAGCGGGCAAAGGAACGCAAGGGCAAGGCGAAGGUGGCGGAAAUAACAGAGGAUUCUGCAGGGGGAGUGGCAGGAGGAGCAGCAGGAGGAGCAGCAGGAGGAGCGGCUAAAGCAGAGGAGUCGGUGGAGACGG